AUAUACGUAGCUGAAAUUUUAAUUAAUGGUUUUAUUUGGAUCAAAGUUAAACUUCGUGUUUUGUAAUGCGUGACAACUUUAAUUGUUAUUUAGUUAAUUGUGAAUAUAUGUUUUUACGGCGAUUACAAGAAUUUGUGGAAUAUUAUUGCUCGAAAGCAAAAUACAAUACAUUACAGAAAGUAAUUGCUGUAAUCGCGUUGUUAAUUAUUUUUUGUGUAAGAUAAUUGGAGAAACAUCAGACAAUAGAUCAGGUUCGAUUGAAUUACGUCAGUUCAUUCGGUUAUAAUGGAACUUGCAUAUAAGGGAUUUUAGGAGAUAGAGUCGGUAAAAUAAAAAUAUUGGAAGUAAAUCCUAAUUCUCAUUUUAUUUAACAUCCAUUUGUAUUGUUUUUUUUAGUUGCUACUAUAACUUUUUAUAACACAAAUAAUCGUUAAUGUUAAUGUAGUAAGUUUUAGAGUACAAGUUGUUUGUCAUAAAAAAUGUAUUAAUUGGAAGAAUAUCGUUAAAUUAAGUGUAUUGUUUGUGAACUUAUUGACCACUUAUUCAUCAACAAAUAACUACAAGCAGUGGUAUUGUGCAAUAGAAUAAAAUUUUAUUGCAGAUUCUGCCAAGGUAAUUUGGGAGAAGAAGAUUGCUUGUGUAUCUAACUCUGUGAAGGAUUUUCCUAAUUUUUUUAAUUUGACUAAAAAAGCAGCCGCAGCAAGCGGCGAUGAUGAUGUAUUAAAGUAUUGGGAGAAUCUCUCAGAUGUUGUAGAAAUGUACUCGAAAUUGCAGUCCCUUUGGGAAGAAGUAAAACCCCUUUACACAAAAUUACACGGAUUUGUCAAAAAAAGGCUUUUUAAUCAUUACAAAUUAGAAGACAAUAACGGUACUGAAAUUCCCGUUUAUUUACUUGGUUCUGAUUUUGGUGAAGAUUGGUCUGAUAUUGCAGAAUUCAUUGUUCCUCAUGCUCAAUUAUAUCAUGACGUAGUAACAGAAAUUCAGCAUAAGACCAUAAAAAGGAUAUAUAAAUUAGCAGAAAAUAUGACAAAGUCAGUGGGACUUUCUGGACUUGGAAAAGGAUUCUGGAGAAACAGUACAUUCAAUUCAACAAAUUGUAACACUGUGCUUUUCGUAUAUUGCAGCGAACAAUUUACAGAAAUUUCAACAUGCAGCAACAUAUCGUGGAAAUCAUACUUAAAAGCUCACGAAGUUGCAAUGGAAAUCGCCUUGAACAACAUGGAUUACGAUUCACUACCUCGAAGAAAUUUAAGGUACUCAGCUGCAGACGAGGCUCUAAUAGGUUUAUCGUCCAUUUUGGCAGUAAAUAACUUGCCAUUGUAUGGCAUUUUGGAACCUGAUGCAUUAAAAGUUAAAGACGAAAAUUACAAUCAGAGAAUGACCGCAUUGUUACUGACGGCCCUACAGGUACUUCCAAGGUUAGCAUAUUACGUCGCCGCGGAAAAGUGGAGAACAGAACUAAUUCAAAAUCAAAAUGGAUUAGUCAAUUUGGGCGAAGAAUGGUGGAAGAAAAGGAAAGAAAUACAGGGUGUUGUGGGAGUUACUAAUGCAGAAAAUGACUACUUACGAGACCUGUAUAUUACAAAAAACCAGCCAUACUUAAGCAAAAUUUUGGGCAUAUUUCUCCAAUUCCAGCUAUACGAUUAUUACUACAAGAGUCAGAUUGAUCCAGAGCAAAAUUUGGCCACGUCUAUAGGAGAAGACAUGAAUUUUAGAUUGUUUGUCAAGGAGAGACCAACAAGAGACUGGCUUUCGCUUGUAACAUAUUACUUCGAAAUAUCAGAAAUAUCUUCGGCUUCUCUUUUGGAAUAUUUCCAACCCUUAGAGCAAUACUUGGACAAUGCACCGGAAAAGCAGGAACCGUUUACGAGAAAACCACCCAAAAAAGUCGAACUCACUGACGAAGAUUAUUCGGAAACAACCACGAGAAAAUCGAAGAAAAACAAAAAGAAGGAGCAGUUGAAAACUAGUUCACCUCUUCCAGCUUUCGAAGAUGAUCUUACCAAUUAUGGAAUCGCCACAGACGAGGAUAAAGAAAAGGAAGAAAGAAAGUCUGUCAGUAAGCAGAAGAAAGCCAGCAAAGAGGGUUCUGAGAGGGUGUCAAUAACAGACGAAGGGGAUGUUCAAAACGACCAGGGAAAGAAAGAUGGGUCAGACGGUGAAUCUUCUGACCCGGAGAGUAAACAAAUCCAAAGCCAAGGAACCAAAUACACUACCGACAUGUCACAAACGAUUGGAACUUACAUUGGAAUAGUUGUAAUAGUUUGUUCUGUUGUGACAAUUUCUGCAGUCCUUAUCAGACAAAAAAUAAGACGAAAGAGACAUACUAACAAUCGGAGAUUCGAAACGUAACGUUUUAACUGGUACCAAUAAAAUCGAUCGUAAUA